CAAUGGCUUCCAAGAGGCAUUUGCAGAGUUUGUUCAACAGAUUUCAGGGAAAGUAGAAUUAUUAGGAGUUUUGGUGCUCUCUCUGAAAAAACCAUGCCUUCCUCUUCUCAACACCUCAUUAAUUUGGAAUAUGAAUGCAGUGCCCACAAUUAUCACCCCGUUCCGAUUGUAUUCUCUCAAGCGAAGGGAUCAUCUAUAUGGGAUCCUGAAGGCAACAAAUAUCUUGAUUUUCUCUCAGCCUACUCUGCGGUUAAUCAGGGACAUUGUCAUCCAAAGAUUGUUAAAGCAUUACUAGAACAGGCAGAAAGGCUCACUCUUAGCUCUAGAGCCUUCUAUAAUGACAGAUUUCCAAUAUUUGCAGAGCAUCUAACUAGCAUGUUUGGUUAUGAAAUGGUCUUACCAAUGAAUACUGGUGCCGAAGGUGUAGAAACAACUCUGAAGUUGGCAAGGAAAUGGGGCUAUGAGAAGAAAAAGAUUCCCAAAGAUGAGGCUAUCAUUGUCUCGUGUUGUGGCUGCUUCCAUGGUCGUACAUUGGCUGUUAUUUCUAUGAGCUGUGACAAUGAGGCUACUCGUGGUUUUGGGCCCUUGUUGCCUGGCCACCUCAAAGUUGAUUUUGGUGAUGAAGUUGCUCUUGAGAAGAUAUUUAAAGAAAAAGGAGAUCGGAUAGCCGGAUUUCUUUUUGAACCUAUCCAAGGAGAGGCUGGGGUUAUAAUUCCUCCAGAUGGUUAUCUAAAAGCUGUCAGAGAUCUUUGCUCAAAAUACAAUAUUUUAAUGGUUGCUGAUGAGAUACAAACUGGCUUGGCACGGACAGGAAGAAUGCUAGCUUGCGAUUGGGAAGAAGUUCGCCCAGAUGUUGUAAUACUAGGAAAAGCAUUGCGUGGUGGAGUGGUUCCUGUAAGUGCAGUGCUUGCAGACAAAGAUGUUAUGCUUUGUAUCAGGCCAGGAGAGCAUGGAAGCACCUUUGGCGAAAAUCCUUUGGCUAGUGCAGUUGCUGCUGCUUCACUAGAGGUUAUCAGAGAUGAGCGACUCGCUGAGAGAUCGGCAAAAAUGGGAGAGGAGCUUAGGCAUCAGCUAAACAAGGUUCAACAGCAAUUCCCUAAUGUUAUAAAGGAAGUGCGGGGAAAAGGCCUGUUUAAUGCUGUGGAGCUUAACACCAAGAAUUUGUUCCCCGUCUCUGCUUAUGAUAUAUGUAUAAAGUUGAAGGAAAGAGGAAUUCUUGCAAAGCCUACUCACGAUACCAUUGUUCAACUUACUCCUCCCCUUUGCAUGAGCUUGGAGGAGCUCCCAGAGGGCUCAAAGGCACUGCACGACGUUUUGCAAAUCGAUCUGCCAGAGAUGUAGAAGUCAAAGCCGAAAACAGUUCCCCCAACAACCUCAGAUGUAUGUGACCGGUGCGGCCGAAACUCCUAUGAUUCAUCAUAGGAACUCUGAAUUACAGCCAUAUCGUUACCUCUUAUACUUUUAUAUAUUGCACCUGGUACUCAAGAGCUGUGGUUUUUUUUUUUUUUUUUUAAUAUUAGCCAGAAUAAAAUAAUGCUGAGACUUCUUCACUAAGUUUGGAUGUUGUUUCUUAUGAUUAUUUUUCGUUUCAUGUUUAUAAAAAAUUUUAAAUUGUGAAUAAAAUUUUGUUGGGUACCAA